UUUCGAAUAAGAAAAAUAUCUUGAAGUAGUGGAUGACGCUCUAAGAGGGCGUUUGUGAGGCAUUUAGCCGUGCCCUCGGGGGCCGGAGUCUUUUUGACAGCACUAUGGAGUCAGUCGACGCUCCGCCGGGGAGUCGGCUCUUUAUUGUAUGUGGCAAGAAUGUGGAGGCUGAAACGCUGCAAGGCGCUUUUCGUCCGUAUGGCAAUGUUCAAAACGUUAAGGUCAUUCGUGAGAAAGGAGUGGCUUAUGUCAAGUAUGAUAAGGCAUCUUCAGCCGCUCUUGCUAUGGAGAACCUGAAUGGGGCUGUGCUGAACAAUGGUCGGGGCCCCAAGCUCAAGGUCCUGUUGGCGGAGGCCCCAAAUACAUCGAGGGGCAUGCACCCGCCGAGGCCCGCCGAGCAGGAGAUCAGCUCUGAUCCCGAUAAUAUUCCGCCUCGAUCCCGGCUUUUCAUUGUGGUGCCAAAGCAGGCGGACCCGCAGCAUAUUAAUGAUUCGAUGGCGGCCUACGAUGGUCUCGAGUACUGCAAGACUGACCUCAUCGCUAGCAAGGGAGUGGUGUUCUGCAAGUUCACCAAGGCCUCCUUUGCUCUGCGUGCUUUGGAGGAUGUUGCUUCUCGCAGCACGGUUGGCCCGUACAAAGUCAAGUGUAUGCUCGCGGAGCCGAAGACCAAGCGUGGCCGCGGCGAUGGAUCGCCGCAGGACGUGUUUUCCCCCUUGACCCAGGGUGCUAAGCUGGAUUAUGGGAUUAACCACCAUCUGCCGCCGGAUGCGGCGCACAUGCCCCUUGACUUGCCGAUGGGUCACGCUCUGUCCCCUUCACCGAUGGCCGUUGCCGACUACACCGCGAUUUCGGGUCUCGGCGGCUUGGGUGGGCUGAGCAGCUUCAACCAUCUGGGUGAAGCUGCGAACCUGGCCAACAUGCAGUCGCACCUUUCGGCUCAGGUUGGUGCCCUCAAUUUCAACAUGGGCCUUGGAGGGCUUCACACCAACUCUACUAAUGUGACCCCACACGAUUCGCCCACACUGAGCAAGCAGCGUCUGUUCGUGGUGGUUCACAAGAGCGUCACUCAGGACGUGCUGGCUCGCCUGUUCCGAAAGUUCAAUGGAAUGGAGUAUUGCGACCUUAAGAAGGACCCAGCCACGGGCAGGUCUAAGGGCUUCUGCUUCGUGAAUUAUUCGACCCCGGAGGCCGCAGCAACCGCCGUUGCGCAGCUGAACGGCAUUGAGUUUCCGCCGCACUCGAACCAGCGGCUGAAGGUCAUGUUUGCAGAGCAGCUGGGCACCCGCACCAACAACGGACCUGGUUCAGCGCAUCAUUCCCACCACAGCGGCCAUGCAGCUCAUCACGCAGUUGCGGCUGCCCAGGGUGCCCGCAGCCCGAUGGCCAUGUCGCAGCUUGCCAGCACUCCCAGCCCAGUGCACACACCGCUGUCGCCUGCAGUCAAUCUCUCGCCCGAGGUGAACGUCGCUUCGGUGCAGGAGACGCUGGCGAACAUGUCCUUGCCGCGAGUCGGUUCGGCGAAUGGCGUCGAGGACCUGGACGCGGCUCGCCGCAUGUCUCCAAUUUCGAGCGUGGCCCGGGAGCUCAUGUUCAACGUGGCGGCGUAAGGAGAGUAGAGCAGAGUCGUCACUACUACUGAUGUUACAGUUCAGUUAUUGCAGGAGCCUUGAGGUGGCUAGGGUGCGUGGGCUUUAGCUGUUUGGCAUGCUUUGCUUUUUGACGAAGCCAGACGUUUUUUCAGUUGCCAGGAUGGUGCCGCGUGAGCAGUUAGCAGCAGCAGAUGUGCGGUGCAUAAGUUGCGGCGCCGCAACGUUCAAUCAUCCAUCUACUAAGGAAGGGCAACAUGCUGAUGGUGGCACAGGGGAAGACUAGGUACCGGGCCCUCGCGCGUGUGCCCCAGCCCGUAUACUCACAUAUCUAGAUGGACCGCAACGGAAGCGAUAGGGACAUGAUCUUUCGCAGUGCAGAUGCAGGAAGGUAGGCGUUUUGUACGCGAUUGGUAAUGUCGAGGUUGCAGUUAUGAUGUCAGAAGUGGGAUUCAAAUGAUGGUGCGCAUAUCUUGGCGCAUACCCAUCGCUGUUCCGGCGGGUGUUGGCAGGAUGUUGAUUUGUAGGACAGAAGCAGGCAUGAGCGCGCUCCCACUCAUUUGCUAUCAGGGCUUUGUGAUGUGGUGUUGCAUAUUACGUAAGGAGCAGCAGUGUGUUUAGGUCAGCAGCGUAAGCAGCAUGUGUGAGCGUGUGUUGCAACAGUAGGCCGCGUGUUGCCAUGAGGUGUAGAGUAGAAUUACUGCUGGACUUCUCUCAUAGGCGUAGAUUGCAUUGUACUUGUUUUUAGACUCAACUGCCCUCCAAAAAGCUAUAAAAUUUUAAGUAUCUCAGGCAGUACCAGGCAGAUUUUACGUGUGGUGUUGAGGUCUUCAUGACCAUUCGGAUAGCUCUUGGUCCCGUGGGUAGAGCCAAAUCGCUCAGGGCAAGAGUGUAGGUAGAUAGGACCGCAGGCACUCGGUUAGGCCACUUGACUGCCAGAUAGGAUGGCGGCAUCAAUCAGGGGGAGGUAGAGGUCUGUCAGUUUGACCCACUCACUGUCGAUGGCUGAUUGCCUUAAGUGGUGUUGUUCGACCCCCGUGGAGGUUAUUUGAGAGACGUACGAAAAGUUUAUGUUCCUCGAGGCCGUCGAGGAGAUGGUGUUCGAGAGGCUUGGCUUUACGGUGGGCUGUCUAGAUUCCCAAACUCGCCCCCUUAACUCCGCAUGCCUCGUUCAUUUCUAGGACUGUAAAAGAUUAGCAAAGCUACGUCCCUAUUGAGUCGUCUUCGGAACAUGUAUGCGGUUUGGGAGAACCUUCAAGAAGCAGCAGCUGAGACAGGUGAUUAUCGAAACAGACAGACGACGAG